AUGCCACACAACAUCCUUAUAACAGGCGCUUCCGGAUAUCUGGGAGGUUCUCUACUCGCUCGGAUGAAACAUGGGAACCUUCCCCCAUACCAGAAGCUAUUCGCCCUUGUUCGGACAGAGGAACAGGCCAAGACCGUGGAGAAGCUUUAUGGGGCGGAGCCAAUCCAAAUCAAUAUGAACGACGAAGCGAGCACUAUAAAAGCUAUCAUCGAGCAUGAAAUCACCAUCAUAUACUAUCUCAUCGAUGCGCUCAACUCCGGCGUCCAGAAGACCAUGAUCCGCGCACUUGGCGAGGUUAAGAAAAAGACUGGAAAAGACGUACAUUUCUUGCAUACGAGUGGUGCAAAGCUCUUCAGUAGCCAUGCGGGCCAUCCGACCGAUAGGCCUCUCUUAGAUUCGGAACCAGGGCUGUAUGAGAUCCAGAAGGCUGCUAAGCCGUCUCAUCCAUUGAUUGGAACGGCCGUGCAAACAAAUAUCGAUGUCAUUGACACUGCCGACGAGUAUGGUGUCCGGAGCUAUAUCUUCACGCCAUGCGUCGUAUACGGCAAGGGAGAGGGGUUCGGUAAUCUUAUUUCAAUCCAGACCACCGCUGUCGUUCGAGCAGCGAAAGGGGUGCGACGGGUAUAUAGCGUUGAUGAAGGCUACGCAUCAUGGCCCGUCUCCCACAUCGCAGAUACCACGGGCCUAUACCUAGAACUGCUUCGCAGUAUUCUUCUCGAUCAGAGUCCGCCGUACAGUAAGAACGGGUAUUACCUGGCUGCGUCUGGCUCGGUGACAUGGAACGAUCUUUAUUCUGCCAUGGCCAAGGCGCUGGCAAAGCGCAAUGUCGUGGAUGACGAAAAGGUCAAACUGGCCGACGACGCAGCACUAAGUGGGAUGGGAAGAGCAUUGAGUCGACCAAAGGAAUUUGUACCCGUGGAACUCGGUGGCCAUUGCACAUUCACGGCCGUGCGUGGACGGAGUAUCGGAUGGGAACCUCAGUAUCCGGCGGAGCAUAUUCUUGAGGCAGCUGAUGCAGAGGUCGAACUGAUACUGCAGAAUCUGUAA